GUCAAUACAUCAGAUGUACUUUGCGUAGGUUUUCAAGGCACGGUUUCCGAGGUUACUUGUCACCACGAGGCUACCCUGCUGUUUUCUCAUACGGCCAGCACUUUCGACGCGAGAUAGAAUGUUGCUCAGUUGUGCCAUCGAUGUGUAUGUAUGCUCACGACAUUAUCGGCUACUUGCCAGUUCCAUCCUAUCACCUCGGGGCGUAACGGCAUCAUUCCGGUUCGCCGCCGUAGUUCUGCUAAUGUCAAGUCUAAGGGUCUCACUAGCAUCCCCCUGCGUGUGUAGACUAAGGGGUAUGUUAUCCCUGUCACCACCCUGCUUGUCUGCGAAUGCUGCGUAUAUUAAGGUCCGCAAUGUUAACGAACCGUUUUCUCAUCCCAUCGUUCUUCCCGUCCCAAUGCGUCUGCUCGACCUCCCACCAGAAGUACUUUCGCUUAUAGUCAAUGAUACAGACCGGGAUACUCUCCUUUCUCUCUGUCUGACGGAGAAACAUCUAUAUGAUAUCGCGCGCCGCUUCCUUCGGCGGAACGUAGCGGUAGUGUUUGACGCCUGCCAGAAGCCCAAGCCCAAUCUCUUUUCUUUCGAUUUCGCUCGUCUAUCUGCUAUCAGAUCCCUCUCGCUCGUCGUUCGCGGGUGGUUUGAAUUGGACUCCGGGCUAUGCUCUCGAGUUUUCAUGUGUAUGGUUAACCUAAACCACGUUCGCGUGAUUGGAGGUUCCGGUGUUCUCGUUCGUUCGAUAGCCGAGAGCACGGCAACGUCUCUCGCAACUCUCGAGUUGGAGGGAUGCGAUGCAGAGCCGCAAGAUUUCACCGGAAUGGCUCCGAUCAAUAUUCGGAGGCUUUCCAUUUCGCACUGCGAUUCAAACGCACGAUUCCUUCUGGGCCCUUUGGUUGUGGAAGAACUAGAAGUGUAUGGUCCAGGUCUCGAUGGGGGAUGUAUGAAUAUUGGUGUAGCCUUACGGCGACUAACGGACGGUAACCUAAAGAGGUUAUACGUCAUCGAUACAUGUAGAGAUCCGGGAUGCCGUGAUAUCGUACACUUGACGCGCGCCUUGGAGACCCGUCUAGCAUCGCUUGAGGUACUCGUUCUGGAUAUCUCACUCCCGCAGAGUGCGCUCGAGAAGCUGGUCCGAACGGUGUCUAUGUACCCGGCGUUGAAGACGCUCUACCUUAGAGGUCUUCCUUUGUUUAGAACCGCCAAGGUCGGCGGUGUACACCUCGCAGAGCUAGAUUUUCCUUUCAGUGCGUGCACAAUUUUCUUCUACAAGACAAAGGUUUUGGAGACGGCCUCAUUGUGACGCCAAGUGACUAUGGGCGCAAAGAUAGACGAGAAUAAUUCGGUAAUUCUAGCAUAUUGUUGUCAUUCUAAUAAUCUGUGCAAACUCGCCUACUUAUGAAUGUUGCUGUUACACUGUUUCAACCUCAUAAAUAGCGAGACCUAGCUAUGAGUAUCACUUUCCGCCUGUGGAAUGUCGAGUCAGUGUAGUUAGAUGGUGAACUUUUUCCUUACCCUGUGCCAGUGUAGUGUACUGAAUGAAUCUUCUCCGCUUUUCCACAAGCAAAAUAGGUCUUUAAAGAAGC